CCCGCACCUCUCCGCACCGCGCCGGGAUCGGCGAUGCUGGUGGGGAGCGCGACCCGCCGUCACCGUCAGUCCCAUCCCAUUCCCUCCUCCUCCUCCUCCUCCUCCCCCCCCAUGAAAACUGCUCGGGAAUUUCCUGAGGAAACGUGGGGUUUUGGUGCUUUUUUUUUUUUAUGUUGGAAAAUUCAGAGCUCACGGAGCUCGGCAGAGCUGUUUGGAUGAGGUGCUCCUGCAAGGGAUCCUCAGAUCGCCCUGCUGUGAUGCCAUCAUGCCGUGGGACCUGUGCCACGGUGCCCGUGCUGUGGUACCCAUGCUGUGAUGCCCAUGCUGUAGUGCUGCUGCCAUAGUGCCUGUGCCGUAGUGCACGUGCCAUGCGCCCAUGCCGUCAGUGCACACUCCUUGGUGCACAUACUGUCAUUCUUGUGCCAUGGUGCCCACGCCGUGCUGCCGGUGCCGUGCCGCUCGUGCCAUCGUGCUUGUGCUCUGGUGCCCAUCCCGCAGUGCCUGUGAUCCACAUGCUGUGAUACCCGGUGCUCGGCAUGCAGCAUGGAAUUGCCCACCCUUCCCGUGUGCAGGAAGGGUUGCCCCCCCCCGGUGACACGUCCCUGGGUGGCACAGUGCAUCCCCCUCUGUCUCCAGGGCGGAAGGCACCUCGCUGUGCUGCUAAUCCUGGCAUGGCGUGCCCAGCACCACACAGGGCAUCCAUCCAUCCGUCCCAGAUGGGCACUGGGAUGGAGCCGAGGUUUGCUGUGCCUCGGUUUCCCCUUCCAGCAAACGCUCCCCUGCCUGGAAGGGUGGUUUGGGGGGGGCCCGGUGCCGGCAACACCCCGGUGCCAGCAGCACCCCGACGUGGGAGGCUCCUCCCCGGGUUGCGGGGCUUUACAAGCCCGGGCUGGAAGGGCCCCAAGAACAGGCUCUGCUGCCAGAUUCCCGGCCGGAAAUGCCCUGAGAACAGCCUUGUCUGUGGUAUUGCAGCAUGUCUCUGCUUCCCAGCCCGGCAAAUGAAAAACAACAGGGGAAAAAGUUAACCAGCCCUGUGCCGGCGCUGCGUCGUGCCGCUGCGAGGCGGCAGGCUUCGGGGUGACCGGUGACCCUGGGGGUCCCCAACCUCGAGCAGCGGGGAUCUGGGAACCACAGCCACGGUGUCCCCAAACCGUCCUGGGUGCCACGGGGACGCGGCUCCCUGCUGGGAUGGCUGUGAGCCUUGGCUGUCCCCAGGCGCAGCGUCCUCCCGGCUGUCCCUGUGCCCCCGCCUGGCCCCGCUAAAGCAGCUUAGCUCGGUGCAGCAUCCCCGUGCAGGAUAAGCUGGGCGGGAGGGAAAGUUGGCGCGGGGCUGAUCGGCUUUGGGUCCGGCUCCCGGCUCGCCCUAAUCCCACCGCGGUGCCUAUGGGGUGAGAGGGGCCCCGCUGGCCAUCGUCACCCUGCAGUGGGGCCAUCUGGAGGGCACCCCUGUCCCCGUUCCCAGUGCUCCCUCCCCACUGUCCCUGCAGUGGGACGACACCAGCGCCCUCCGGCUGCCCCUGCCCGGGGUGUUGGCGGGGCCGGGGUAUGGCAGCAAUUUGUAGGGCUUGCCUGGAUAACCGGCCACCAAGGAAGAUCAGCCGCCCACCGCCCCGGCCAAGUAUUGUUUUUGGAACUUGCUGCUUCUUUUUUCGGCUCCUGUCUUACUUUUCUUUGACCUUCUUCCCUGAUUUAAGACACAUGCCCAGCCCUUGCCCAGCUGCAGUGAAUUAGCGGCUGCUGCUGGGGAGGGAAUCAGACCCUGCGGCCACGCGGGGCUGCGGACAGCCCGGGAGCAGCCGGCAGGGGCGAGUCCAUGGGCAGGAUGAGUCCUGUGGGCAGGAUGGGGUUCUGUAGGCAGGAUGGGAUCCUAUGGGCAGGAUGAGUCCUAGGGGCAGGAUGAGUCCUAGGGGCAGAAUGGGGUCCUAUGGGCAGGAUGGGGUGCUAUGGGCAGGAUGGGGUCCUAUGGGCAGAAUGGGGUCCUAUGGGCAGGAUGGGGUGCUAUGGGCAGGAUGGGGUCCUAUGGGCAGGAUGGGAUCCUAUGGGCAGAAUGGGGUCCUUUGGGCAGAAUGGGGUCCUAUGGGCAGGAUGGGGUCCUAUGGGCAGGAUGGGAUUCUGUAGGCAGGAUGGGGUCCUAUGGGCAGGAUGGGAUCCUAUGGGCAGAAUGGGGUCCUAUGGGCAGGAUGGGAUUCUGUUGGCAGGAUGGGAUCCUAUGGGCAGGAUGAGUCCUAUGGGCAGGAUGGGAUCCUAGGGGCAGAAUGGGGUCCUAUGGGCAGGAUGGGGUCCUAUGGGCAGGAUGGGAUUCUGUAGGCAGGAUGGGAUCCUAUGGGCAGGAUGGGGUCCUAGGGGCAGAAUGGGGUCCUAUGGGCAGGAUGGGGUGCUAUGGGCAGGAUGAGUCCUAUGGGCAGGAUGGGAUUCUGUUGGCAGGAUGGGAUCCUAUGGGCAGGAUGAGUCCUAUGGGCAGGAUGGGAUCCUAGGGGCAGAAUGGGGUCCUUUGGGCAGGAUGGGGUCCUAUGGGCAGGAUGGGAUUCUGUUGGCAGGAUGGGAUCCUAUGGGCAGGAUGGGGUCCUAGGGGCAGAAUGGGGUCCUAUGGGCAGGAUGGGGUGCUAUGGGCAGGAUGGGGUCGUAUGGGAUGAUGAGGUUCUGUGGGCAGGAUGAAUCCUGUAAGCAGGAUGGGAAUCCUGUGGUCAGGAUGGAUCCUAUGAACAGGAUGUGAUCCCAUGGGCAAGAUGGGAUCCUAUGGGUAGGAUGGAUCCAACGCGCGGGAUGGAUCCCUUAUGGUGUAUGAAGGGCUAGAGCUCAGGUGAUGCUGCUGGGGUUAGUAGGGGGGAAAAAUGGAUCUGGAGUAGGGACCAUCAGCUUCCAGGGUGGAGUUGUGCUGGAAAAUAAUGGGGUUUGUGCAUGGGGGGACUUCUGGGGUUGGUGGGGCUGUGCUGGUGGGCUGUGCUGGGUCAGGGGACAACAGGGCUGUGCUGGGGCAGUGGAGCCGGCGUGGGGCUGCUGUGGGGCUGCUGUGGGGCUGCUGUGGGGCUGAGGGCCCUGCGCUGGAGCAGGGAGCAGUGAGGUCGCUUGGGGACAGGGCUGCGGUGGCCGUGGCGCAGCUCCUCCCGGCUGCACUGAGACCCCGCACUCUGCUUCGCCCUUUCCUCGCUGCAAUCGCCGUCAGAGGGAAGCAAGAAAAUAAGGGGAGGAGGUGCUUUUUGGAGGGUUCGGUGGCCGCGCUUUGCCACCUCCCAGCUGGGAUUUGGGGCGUGGGGGCUGUUCCCAAUGCAAACCCAAGCACGGAUUUUUCCGAACUGGGAGAAUGGGACGAGGGAAGGAGGGGCCGUGGAGAUGGAUGCACUUUCCUUGUUUUCUUUCGGGGACGGACUCGUCCAGCAGCCAAAUGGAAAAAGGCAGUCAGAGCACGCAUUGCUCACCGGGCUGUGCGCCAGCAGCCGGGCUGCCCAGAACUGGGGCAACCUGGGGGGAGUUCCCUCACGCCGCGGGGAGCCCCGCCGUGCCCGCCCCGUGCCCGCAGCACAUGGCAGCCCGGGUGCUGGGAGAUGCUUGGCGUCCGGGCGAGGUGUGGGGCGGCCCCCGUGGCUCCAUUGCACCCUGGCAGGAUUUAUGGGGGCGGGGAGUGAUGUCUGUGCCCCCCUUGGCAUCGCAGUGGCACCAGGGUCCCUGUCCCUGUGGUGGGCACGUGCCAUGUCCCUGCCCUCUGGGUGCUGGCUGGAUGGGGACCUGGCACAGUGUGCCCCCACAAGUGGCCUUGGGAGAGUUUGGGGACAUUGUUUGUCCCUGCUGGGGCACCACAAGUGGCUGGGGUUGGGUUUGGGACACCAGAUCUGCCCUCAGUGGGGCUCUACGGGUGGCCAUGAGUGGGUCUGGGGACACCAAGUCUGCCCCAUUGGUGCUCUACAGGUGGCUGGGGUUAGGUUUGAGACACCAGUUCUGCCCCAGUGGGGCCCUACAGGAUGAGUUCCACCCCUUCAUCGAGGCGCUGCUCCCCCACGUGCGGGCCUUCGCCUACACCUGGUUCAACCUGCAGGCCCGCAAGCGCAAGUACUUCAAGAAGCACGAGAAGAGGAUGACGAAGGACGAGGAGCGGGCGGUGAAGGACGAGCUGCUGAGCGAGAAGCCCGAGGUGAAGCAGAAAUGGGCCUCGCGCCUCCUGGCCAAGCUGCGCAAGGACAUCCGGCCCGAGUGCCGCGAGGACUUCGUGCUCUCCAUCACCGGCAAGAAGCCGUCGUGCUGCGUCCUCUCCAACCCCGACCAGAAGGGCAAAAUGCGCCGCAUCGACUGCCUGCGCCAGGCCGACAAGGUGUGGAGGCUGGACCUGGUGAUGGUCAUCCUCUUCAAAGGGAUCCCGCUGGAGAGCACCGACGGCGAGCGGCUGGUCAAGGCGGGCCAAUGCACCAACCCCAUCCUCUGCAUCCAGCCCCACCACAUCAGCGUCUCCGUCAAAGAGCUCGACCUCUACUUGGCCUACUUCGUCCGCGAGAGAGAUUCCGAGCAGAGCAGCAGUCCCCGGACGGGCAUCGCCUCGGACCAGGAGGACACCAAGCCCAACACGCUGGACUCCACAGACUUCCAGGAAAGCUUCGUCACCUCGGGGGUGUUCAGUGUCACCGAGCUCAUCCAGGUGUCCCGAACGCCGGUGGUGACGGGCACGGGCCCAAAUUUCUCCCUGGGGGAGCUGCAGGGCCACCUGGCCUACGACCUGAACCCCUCCAGCACGGGCAUGAGGAGGACGCUGCCCAGCACCUCCUCCAGCGGGAGCAAACGGCACAAGUCUGGCUCCAUGGAGGAUGACAUCGACACGAGCCCCGGCGGCGAGUACUACACCUCCUCCAACUCACCCACGAGUAGCAGCCGCAACUGGACAGAGGACAUGGAAGGGGGCAUCUCCCCCAACGUGAAGACAGAGAUGGACAAAUCGCCCUUCAACAGCCCCUCGCCGCAGGACUCCUCGCCCCGCCUGAGCAGCUUCACGCAGCACCACCGUCCCGUCAUCGCGGUGCACAGCGGUAUCGCUCGCAGCCCGCACCCUUCGUCCACGCUGCAUUUCCCCACCACCUCCAUUCUCCCCCAGACGGCCUCCACCUAUUUCCCCCACACGGCCAUCCGGUACCCGCCUCAUCUCAACCCGCAGGACCCACUGAAAGAUCUCGUCUCGCUGGCCUGCGACCCGUCCAACCAGCAGCCCGGACCGUUAAAUGGAAGUGGUCAAGUGAAAGUGCCCAGCCACUACCUGCCCACGCAGAUGCUGGCACCGCCACCUCCCCCCGGCAUGCCCCGCUUGGCCGUCUCUCCUGACACCAAAUCCGCCACGACAACUUCGGAGGGAGGGACGACCUCACCGACGUCACCCACCUACUCUGCACCAGGCACGCCCCCUGCGAACCGUUCCUUCGUGGGAUUAGGACCAAGGGAUCCUGGGAGUAUCUAUCAGGCACAGUCCUGGUACCUGGGAUAGCGCGGCCGUGCCACCCUUCGCUCCCUUCUCCUCUGCUUUAGGCACCCUGAGAGGACCCCCCCGGCGCGGAGCCCCCGGCGGACAGCGUGCAUUUACCACCACCUCCACCACCUCCAUCGUGACGACGACGACGACGACGACGACGACGACGACAAAGCAAAACCAAACCCCCCCCUCCCCCCCUCCCCUCGGCCCCCCCCAUCCCAUCCCCGGACGGAAGGAGAAGAGGGAAAAGGAAGGAAGGUUGGAACUUUUCUUUUAUGAAAAGGAAAAACAAAAAAAAAAACAAAAAAAAAAACAACAAAAAAAACAAAAACAACAAAAAAAGAAAACAACAAAAAAAAAAAACCCAACCAAAACCAACAAGAAAAGAAAAAAAAAAAAAAAAACGCCACAAUGGAAAGGAGGAAAAACAAAAAAAAAACCACCACAAAAAAGUGAAAAACGGACUACAAAAUAAACCCUGCGAGGACCUUUAACCCCCCCCGACCCCCCCCCCGAAAUUGUGCCCCCCCCCCCGCCGCCCCCACCCCCGGCGAUGAGGCUGAGACCCGACGCACUUCGUGACGGCGGUGGCCCCGCGGGGCGCAGUGCUGCGUGCGCGCAGUGCUGGGACUCAUUCAGUCGCGCCUCUACGUGAGUAGAAAUGAACAAACCCCCCCCCGACCCCCCACCCCGACCCGACCCGACCCCCCCAUCCCAUCCCAUCCCCAUCCCCGCCCCCCCCCCCCGGCUGCCGUAGGGGCGGCGAUACGCGGGGAUGCGGCUGCGUUCGCCGUCGUGCGGUUCUUCCGUUGCGCCGUGGGGACGCGGUGGCACCGCGACGUGGGGUGGCACAUCGGCACCGCGACGUGGGGCCGUGGUGGCACAGCGGCGCAGCGCUGUGGUCGUGCAUUGAGGGGACGGGGGGGGGGUCCGGGGGGGGGGGGGGUGGGGGGCGCGUAUGGGGACACGCAGCGGCACCGCGCCGCCCAUAUGGGGACGUGGGGUGGGGACCCUCCCGGUGCUGCCCCCGGGGGGUGACGCGGCUCAGCUGCUGCUCUGCGGCGUCCCCACGCGUCCCCGUGUGCCCGAGCUAUGCAUUCCUGUGGACGGGUACCGCGUGGACUCGCAAUGACGGAGGGAGGGGUUGGAUUGUGUUGCACAUUUUGUAGGAAAUGCACUUUUAAAAAGAGGGAAAGCUGAAAAAAAAAAAAAAGAAAAAAAAAAAGGAAAAAAAAAAAAAGGAAAAAAAAAAUCAUAAAAGAGGAGGAGGAGGAGGAGGAGGAGGAGGAAGAGCAGACAGAGCCCGGCACUGGUUUUGCUGGGGUGGAUGGUUUGGGAUUUCUGGGUGUUUUUGUUGUUGUUGUUGUUGUUUUUAAUCGCAAAUACGAUGGAGGAAAGGAGGAGAGCGAAGGCACUGCAGAGCCCCCCCGGAGCCCCCCAACCCCACACCCCCAUUGCUUCAAGUGCCUCAAUCCCCCGUGGUGGGGCUGGGAGAUGACAAAGCCCUGCACCGGGCACUGCUGCACCCGCACCGAGCAUUGCACUGCUGCACCGAGCAUUGCAGAGCAGCACUGAGCAUUGCAGAGCAGUACCGAGCAUUGCACAGCAGCACCAUGCAUUGCAGAGCAGCACCAAGCAUUGCAGAGCUGCACCGAGCAUUGCAGAGCAUCACCAAGCAUUGCACAGCUGCACCGAGCAUUGCACAGCAGCACCAUGCAUUGCAGAGCAGCACCGAGCAUUGCACAGCUGCACUGAGCAUUGCACUGCUGCACCGAGCAUUGCAGAGCAGCACUGGGCAUUGCAGUGCAUCACCGAGCAUUGCAGAGCAGCACUGAGCAUUGCAGAGCAUCACCGAGCAUUGCACAGCUGCACCACGCAUUGCACAGCAGCACUGAGCAUUGCACAGCUGCACCGAGCAUUGCACACCAGUGCUGAUGCAAUCGCACACCAACUUUGCAGCAUUGCACAUCGUUGCACGCCGGUGCUGAGCAUUGCGUGCCAGAAUGGAGCAUCGGUUUUCCAGCACUGGAGCAUUGCACACCUGCACCACAGCGCUGCACGCUGCCACCGAGCAAACAGAGCAUUGCACAGCUGAGCAGCAGAGCGUUGCACGCCGGUGAUGUGCGUUGCACACCGGCACCGGAGCGUCGCUGUGCUUGGAAUUGGCUGCAGCGUCGCACAGCAGCACCGGAGCAUCUCUUGCUGGUACUGGAGCAUUGCAAACCAACACGCAGGCGUCGCUUGCUGGCACCAAAGCAUCACAUAUUGACCCCGAGAGCAUUGCACUCCAGCGCCGGAGCAUUGCAAACUGACACCGGAGCACUGCAAACUGGCAGCAGUGCGUUGCACGCUGACACACGGGAGUGCUGCACUCCAGCACCAGAGCCUUGCACGCUGCCGUCGCAGCACUGAACGCUGGCACCAGAGCGUUGCAAACUGACAGCAGAGCAUUGCACCGGAGCACCGCUCACGGCACACGCGGAGGCCCAGAGGUGUCCCUGACCCACGGAGGAUAUCGCUGUGCCCACGGGGAGGGGGGGGGGGGGGGGGGGGGGGGGGUCGUGGGGGCCGUGCCGCCCCAUGGGCAGUGCCUUAGAGCAGAGGGACCCUCCACGGACGAGGAGGAGGAGGAGGAGGACAGCGAAGGCCCCCAAGGGACAGCACUGUGUCCCCAAAGCCGCCGCCACCACCACCCUGGAUGUCAUUGUCACAGCGGGGCACGGUGCUCCUGGAGCCAACCCGCAGCACCCAUGGAAUCCAGAGACCCCACAGACCCCAUAUGGACCCCACAGACACUGUGGACCCCGUGGACUCCAGAGAUCCUACAGACCCUGCAGACCCCAUGGACCCCAUGGACUGCAGAGACCCCCGUUAAUCCUGGAGACCCCGUGGACUCCAUAGACCCCACAUAUGCAAUGGAACCCAUGGACCCCACGGACACCAUGGACCCUAUGGACCCCAUAUACUCCACAGCCUAAGAGACCCCAAAGACCCUACGGACUCCAUGGACCUCAUGGACCCCACAGGCCUCGUGGAUCCCAUAGACUCUACAGACUGCGUGGACCCCUUGGACCCCAUGGACCCCACAGAUCCCAUUGACCCCAUGGGCCUCAUAGACUCCACAGACUCCAUGGACCCCACAGAUCCCAUGGACCCCAUGGAC